AUGACUACAUUUUACUCAAGGAUUGUCCUCCAGGAAUCAAACCCCAGAAUAGACCUCAACUAUAUGUAUUGGGUAGUUAGUAACGCCCUCACCAUCGCUAUUGAACCAAUCAAACAAAACACCAACCAGAUCAACCGCGAUAACACUGCCAAUGAGACAGUAAAGGUUAUCUAUACGGUCAGCUGUUUGGAGGAAAGAGCCCUUGAUCAGGUCGGACCACUUGUUAAUGCCAAUUCUAUUGACUUCUUUUCCUCCGUCACCUUUUUUGUCGACCACAUGGAAGCCUCGUUUAGAGACCUAAACACCCGAAGUACCACCCACCACCAACUCGUCCUCAUGAGGCAAGGCAAAGGAGACUUUGCCACCUACUACUCGCAGUUCAUCAGAAAUGUGUCCCACUUGCAUUACAACAAAGGAGUUAAGAUUGACGAAUUGGCAGAAAGAUUGUCGGACAGACCCAAUAUGGUGGAACCAUAUGCGACCAUGUCAAUGACGAUCGACAACCACAUGUAA